CCGGUCCCCGCGCAGCCCGGCCCGGGCGAAGGUAAGCGGGGACCGCAGCGGGGUGCGAGCCGCUGCUAGGAGAGGUGGGAAGGGGACGGCGCCUCGGGGGAGCCCCUCCAAACGCCGAAGAUUGUUCAUCUCCAAGAACGAGCAACACCCAAACGGAAGGAAAAUACAUUGCACAAAAUAUUAAGAAAACUUCUUUUUUUAAAAAAAAAUUCUUUGGAGAAGCUGAUUUCCUUUGGCCAGCAGGAGAAAGUGGAGAAAAUGAAGCCAAGUCUGCGACUUUUCUUAGCUGGUUUUCUGUUGUUGAUUCUGCAGACAGGGCUUUGCUAUGGGAUAAAAUGGAUAGCGCUGUCCAAGACUCCUUUGGCUUUGGCUCUGAAUCAAACCCAGCACUGUAAGCAGCUUGAAGGCUUGGUGGUUUCUCAGGUGCAGCUGUGCCGCAGUAACCUGGAGCUGAUGCAGACCAUCAUUCAGGCAGCGCAGGAAGUGACAAAGACCUGCCGUAAAACUUUUUCGGACAUGCGGUGGAACUGCUCUUCAAUAGAGCUGGCUCCUAACUACCUGCUGGACUUAGAGAGAGGCACAAGGGAGUCAGCAUUUGUGUAUGCCCUCUCUGCUGCUGCCAUCAGCCACACCAUUGCCAGAGCCUGCACCACCGGGGACCUCCCUGGCUGUUCCUGUGGUCCCAUCCCAGGUGAGACACCUGGACCUGGGUAUCGAUGGGGAGGAUGUGCAGACAACCUCAACUAUGGUCUUAUCAUGGGGUCCAAAUUUUCAGAUGCUCCCAUGAAGAUGAAAAAAUCAGGAUCACAAGCCAAUAAACUGAUGCAUCUGCACAACAGUGAAGUAGGGAGACAGGUCUUGAAAGCCUCUCUUGAAAUGAAAUGUAAGUGCCAUGGAGUUUCUGGGUCAUGCUCUAUCAAGACCUGUUGGAAAGGCCUUCAAGAACUGCGAGACAUUGCACUGGACCUCAAAACCAAAUAUUUAUCUGCCACCAAGGUUGUUCACCGGCCCAUGGGCACACGCAAAUACCUUGUGCCGAAGGAUAUUGAUAUCAGGCCAGUCAAAGAGACAGAGCUGAUUUACCUGCAGAGCUCACCUGAUUUCUGCAUGAAGAAUGAAAAAGUGGGGUCACAUGGGACCCAGGACAGACAAUGCAACAAGACUUCCAAUGGGAGUGACAGCUGCGACUUGAUGUGCUGUGGCAGAGGCUACAACCCCUACAUGGACAAAGUGGUGGAGCGUUGCCACUGCAAAUAUCACUGGUGCUGCUACGUAACCUGUAAAAAGUGCGAGAGGACUGUCGAGAGAUAUGUGUGCAAAUGAAAACUCUCCUCUGCCCAUCUGGGAGCUGAGACAGCAGUGGCACCCCAGCACUAUUCAGAGAAAACAUUUUCUUGACUCAACAUCAUUUAUCUUGUAAAGACACAGACUUGAGAUGUUAGGAGGAAAAACAACAAUCAUACCAGUAAAAAAUAAGAACGAAAAAAACCUCCCAAAAAGCAACAAACCCACAAAUGUUUCCCCCCAACCAAUAAAAUGCUCUCUGAGAAGACAAAACCUCAUUGGGGUUGGUAUCUUCUUCCAAAAUGUUUCCUAUGGUUGCCAAUGAUGUCCAUCCAUCCAGUGCCUUAGUAUUCUGAGAAAUAAAUAUCGAAACUUUCCCUGGGGGGAAAAAGAGGAACAUUUGUUUGACAGUAACUAAGGCUCAUACCUGCCUAUGCCUUCUAGCACAGGUAAUGAGUCUCCAUUAGGAUCAUCCCAGAAGGGAAAAUGCUACAAGUUUUCAGCAAUAACUGCCUUUGUUGCCAAAGACUUAAUUUUUAGCAGGGAACCAUCCACUCUGAUGAUAAAAGUGGAAAGACUUCAGGUCAAUUCCCUGAAAUGAUCAACUAAUUUUAAUCUUU